UUCCCCGAGUUGGGGAUCCCAGACAGUCGGCGUAGACUGGAGGCGGGAGGCGGACUCGCGGACGCGCCGCCCCGGGAGAGCCCACGUGCCGGGCGCGGGCGGUUGAAACGGUUCUCCGGCGCGCGGCGGGGAGCUCCCUGGCCAAUUGAUUGUGGACAGCAACAUAGUUUCUGGUCACUUGCCCUCCCUUCUGGCUGGUAGGACUUCCCUAUCAAGCAUCCCCUCCCCCAUAGGAUCACAAGACUUCAGGUCAAGAAUUUUCAUCUGUUUGGGGUAAAACAAAAAAAGCAUUUACUAAAAUGGUAUUUUUUACAUGCAAUGCAUGUGGAGAAUCAGUGAAGAAAGGACAAGUGGAGAAACAUGUGAACAUUUGCAAAAACUGUCAAUACCUUUCUUGCAUUGACUGUAGCAAAGACUUCUGGGGUGAUGAAUAUAAAACACAUGUAAAGUGCAUCAGUGAAGAUCAGAAAUAUGGUGGCAAAGGUUAUGAGGCCAAAACUAACAAAGGAGAUGCUAAACAGCAAGAAUGGAUUCAGAAGAUUCAUGAAGUAAUGAAGAAACCCAGUAUUAGCCCCAAAUUGCGAGAGAUUUUAGAAAAAGUUAGUGGUUUUGACAACAUUCCAAGAAAAAAGGCCAAAUUUCAGAAUUGGAUGAAGAACAGUUUAAAAAUUUAUAACGACUCUCUUCAGGAACAGGUGUGGGAUAUCUUUUCUGAAGCUACCGGCAAUGGACCAAAUACAAAAGAACAAGAGAAACAGCCUCUCAACCAGGUGGAGAAUCAACAUUCAAAAAACAAAGUUAAGACAAUGCCCACUGAAGUCAGUGAAAAAACAGCCGGACAACCAGAGGAGAAGAAGAACAAACGAGAACAUAAGGAAGAACGACAGAAGAACAGGAAAAAAGAAAAGAAAGAACUGAAGUUAGAAAACCAUCAAGAAAAUUCAAGUGAUCAGAAAUCCAAAAAGCGCAAGAGGGGCCAGGGAGAAGAACUUGAUGCCAUAGGGGAAGAAAUGCCAGAAAUGAGCAAUGCAGAAAAAAAGAAAAGUAAGAAGAAAAAAAACAAGAAGGAAUAUGCAGCAGAAUCAGAAGUGAAUAGAAAUGGGAAUCACGUUGAAAUGAUGACAGAAGAAGAGACGAAAGCACCUGCAGAAAAAAGGAAACAUAAGCAUUCAGAAGAAGAAGCUGAUUCUAAGAAGAAAAAAAUGAAACAUACAGAAGACACUAAUGUGGAGACUGAAGAAAGUGAAGCACCUAUAAAAGGGAAAUUCAACUGGAAAGGAACUAUCAAGGCUGUUCUGAAACAGGCCCCCGACAAUGAAAUAUCAGUUAAAAAGUUAAAGAAAAAGGUUUUAGCACAAUACUAUGCAGUGACUAACGAACACCACAAAUCUGAAGAGGAGCUGCUGGUCAUCUUUAACAAGAAGAUCAGCAAGAACCCCAGCUUCAGACUCUUAAAGGAAAAAGUAAAAUUUGUGAAAUGAACAUUUUCCUACUGAGUUAAGGAAUGCACACUGUUCCUGACUUCUACUUCCACCAUCCAUCACUAUUUGUAAAACAGUGGAGAAUUUGACAGCCACUCAGAUUUUGUGUUGUUGUUUUUUAAAUGUUAAGGAAAAUGUAUAUUUUUGGUAGAGCUUUUAACUGAAAAUAAAGAUAAUUGCUGUCCACUAUUCUAACUUUAUGAUACAGAAUAUUACUGGAGCUGAGAAAGUAUGAAUUUAUUUAUUAGAAUAUAUUGAUAUCUUGGCAGCAGUUAAACACAAUAACAUUGACAUGUCAUUCUUUAUACAGUGAGUUGGGAAUUUUAAUUAAACUUAAUUGAAGUACAUUUUAA